UGUGGGAAUUCUUCUUCUGGCCUUGUUGUCGUAGCCCCUGAAAAAUCCCAGCAAUGGCGAAAGUGGUCUGAGCAAGGGAAAUGGCGGGAGCGAUAAGGGUGAAGCAGCUGUUUCUGUGUCCAUCGAUUCUUGCGAAUGAGACGACUUUGCUUCGUUGUCGUGGUAAUGUGAAUGUAAUUGCGAGAGAUAUCAGCUCGAGCGAGAGCACGAAGAGGAAGAAGAAAAAGGAGAUCGAGCUUGGAAGAGCAGCGGCAGAAGCAGUGGUGAAGAAGGAGAAGAGGAGGACACGUUCGAGCAGAGAGUACGAGCUCGCAGGCGACGGGGAGUCUCCGUCUUCGCAUGUGCCGGUGAUGCUCGGCGAGGUUGUCGAUGUUUUGUCUUCCAUUCGCUUGCGCAGUUUCGUUGAUUGCACCCUCGGCGCUGCUGGUCAUUCUUACGCUAUUAUUGAGAACCAUCCUGAACUGAGGCAUUUCAUUGGAAUGGAUGUUGAUCCUGUGGCACACAAGCUGGCGCAUGUUCAUCUUCAUUCUGUCCUGCAUCCAUCUCUGAAGUCUUCUAUUGUUAGGAAGAACUUCAAGUGCAUCAGAUCUGUUAUUGCAGAUACAGAUCCUGAGAUGUUAGACAUCGGGGUUGAUGGCAUUCUUAUGGACCUAGGGAUGUCAUCUAUGCAGGUGAACAAUCCAGAAAGAGGGUUUAGCGUUCUUGAGGAGGGACCACUGGAUAUGCGUAUGGAUCCACAGGCAAGUCUGAAAGCAGAAGACAUAGUGAAUUCAUGGCCAGAAUCUGAACUGGGUAGAGUCCUUCGGGAUUAUAGCGAAGAAAGCAACUGGUAUUCACUCCAGAAUAAGAUUAUCAAGGCUCGACUAAGUGGCGGACUACAUUCCACCGGUGAACUGGUUGAUCUUAUUCGAAGUAUGUCACCUGGUAACAGAGGAGGCAGGCAAGGUUGGAUCAAGACAGCGACAAGAGUGUUCCAAGGGCUAAGAAUAGCGGUGAACGAUGAGCUGAAGACCCUACAACAAUCUAUCUAUGCAUCUUUCGAGGUUCUUGCACCGGGGGGUCGACUUGCAGUCAUCUCUUUUCAUAGUUUGGAGGAUCGAAUCGUGAAACAAACAUUUCUCGACAUUCUCGGCUUUCAACGAGAGGAAAAGAACCCGGAAGAACCCAGAAAACAUGUCGAAGAAGAGUUAUCCGAUAAGGAUUUUGGAGCAAACGAGUCGUGGAUUAAACAAACGGUAAGAAGCUCGAACGGGAUUAUCCUAACCAAGAGACCGAUAACGCCUUCGGAAGAAGAAGAGAGACAGAAUAGGCGGUCUCGGAGCGCUAAGCUAAGAGUGAUUCAGAAGUCAUGAUUGGUUUUCAGGUGAAAAUUUCUUUUGAAGAUCUCCAAACGAGAGAGAGAUCAGACUGUAUUUUGUAUAAGAGCUACUAUUGAUUUCAAAUUCUGAAGUAAAACGCUUCAUAUCUUGAUGAUGCUCUCCUUUUGGUUUGCAUCUCGAUCUCAUGCCAAUGGCCCUUUGUCCAUUCGCGUAGGAAAUAUCGAAAAUACCCUUUUGACCA